AUGGUACCCCCUCCUCAACCAGCUCCCAAAGCUGGUCUGAGUGACAAUGUCCCAGGUAUCCCGACAUCUCAAUCAACCCUUCGUCAACGAAAGGUCCAAGCGUCCGAAACCCCCUCGACCGUCAGCGUAGGAGACGAGAAAUCGUCUGUAGAUGACUUCAAAGAUAAAGACGGAGAAGAGGUCAAUUGGGGUAGGACUUCGUCCGGAGAGGUAUUCAGAGCACCCAACACUCAUUCCUUCUUGCAUACAUUGAUUUACACGACUCAUAAAUCAACUAUCACUCGCUUAACGUUAUUUUCACUGCUAUUCCAACCAUUCUUAUUUUACCUAUUGAGAAAUCAUAGUACGACCAGGUCGAUAUUCUUCUUGGUCUAUUUCGCAUUUUGGAGAGGAUCAUAUGAUUUUGGAUUCGCCUGGUUACUACGCAAACAAUCUGAAAAGAAGUAUAUCCUAAGAUGGUUAAAACAGAAGGGAUGGUUAGAUCUGAAUUCUGAUGUGGGUGGAGAAGAAGGAAGACGAUGGGCAAAAUGGUGGAAAAGUGAAUUACAACUCAAGAUGGAUGAUUCAUACAGAUGGGAAAAUGUUCCUCAGGAAUUCAACGCUUGGUUAAUGUUCAGACAAUUGGUUGAUGUAGUUUUGUUAAACGACUUCGUCUCCUAUACAUGCUUCGCCUGGUCCAACCUCCAUUUCCCACCCAAUCAUUCCGUCCCUCUGCACAUCCUCCGAUGGGUGUUCGGCUGGUCCUUGAUCCUAUUCAAUCUAUGGGUCAAGAUGGAUGCUCAUCGAGUAGUCAAGGAUUACGCUUGGUACUGGGGAGAUGCAUUCUGGAUGAUGGUCAUGCAGAAUGAUCUAGUAUUUGAUGGGGUGUAUGAAAUCGCACCUCAUCCAAUGUAUUCGGUUGGAUAUGCUGGUUAUUACGGUUUAUCCAUGGUCGUUGGUUCCUACACCGUCCUGUUCGUCUCGCUGGCAGCUCAUGCAGCUCAGUUCGCUUUCCUCUUAUGGUUUGAGAAUCCUCAUAUCGAGCGAACUUAUGGAGGGGGUCAAAAACCCUUAGUCUCUCGAACACCCCUCUCGUGGGAACACGACAACGGAGUCGCCGGAGAAUCAGGGUUCGCGGCCAUAGCUGAAGAAGGUGGUGAGGGUCCCACACCUUCAGUCACUGAGGGCGAAACGGAAAACGAAUCUGAAUUACCCGAAUUACCACCUUCCAACGUCGAAAUUCACCCUGUUAUCCGAAAACCUCGUUCAGACAGUCUAAUGUCUUCAGGCUCAAAUACCGAUUCUGGAUAUGCGAAAUCAUACCCUGCAACCACAGCCGGAAGAAAGUCAAGUAACAAGAAGUCCAAGAAAUUAUCAAUGCACGAUUUGACCCAUAGAUAUUUUAGAAAACCUAUGAUCGUGCUAUCUCAACUUGAUAUGUUCAGAGCGAACGAUUUUGCGUUAGUCAUGUUAAUCACCUACGCCUUAUCUACUUUGAUUCCACCAUUAUCGCCUCGUCUCGCUUUGUCCGGUCACUUCCUACAUGCCUUAUCAUGGAGAUUAUUCCAUUCCUACGGCUUAGGAUUAUUGUUACGCGCUCAAUCGAAAUCUAAAUGGUUGGUCAGACAUUACCUAAAACACUAUCAUUAUCCAGCUAAACAAGAUGUAGUGAAAAAAGCUACUGAAGAAGCUUUUGGUAAUUGGCAAGUUGCUUAUAACAUCAGUUUGGUGAUGACCUACGUCUCAUUCGCUGGAUUGGCGUGGAAAACUUAUCAUUUACCUGGUGACUGGACUGUCAGUGGAACUAUCUUGAGACAUGUUUUGGGAUUGCUCUUGAUUGCUCUGCACAUCUGGUCCGCUGUAUCAUCGUAUGAAGUACUGGGUGACUUUGGCUGGCUCUACUCCGACUUUUUCCUGCUCGAACACAUACCCUCUCAACUCGCUUACACCGGUAUCUACCGAUUCCUCAACAACCCCGAGCGAAGUAUGGGUGGAGCCGCGUUCUUGGGUAUGUGGUUGAUCAGUAAUUCCAAACUCGUCUUUGCAUUGGCUUUGAUGAGUCAUUUGAGUCACUGGUGGUUCUUGUCAUUCGUCGAGCAGCCACAUAUGAAGAAGCUUUAUGGCGAUCGACUUCGAAAAGAUGGUGGUUUGACCAAGACCCUCAAGAAUGUUGCGGACAAGACUCUCUCCACUAAAGGCGGUAAGAGGGGAUCUGAGAUCAGAAGAGUGGUUCAGGAAGUCAAGGGUUCCAUUGAAAAGGUCGAAGAGAAGGUUACAGAAGCUGUUGAAGAGUUCUUAGACCAUGCCCGACCAAUGUUCUCUGAUAUGGUCCAUGAUACCAAGAUUUUGCUCCAGCACUCAAGAGAACGAAUGAUCAUUACACGAGUCGCCAAUGACAUCUCAGCCUAUGAUCCAUCUCGAUAUUCGUUGACUUUACCCACUUCGUCGUCAUCUCCUGUACCGAGGUAUCACGUUGGGCAACCCAUCCGAGUAUCAUGGACAGCACCCUCCAACCACUCUCGUAAAGAUUGGAUCGGUAUCUACAGGUUGGGAUCGAACAAAUCGACUUUAGUCACUCGGAUCUCCUCUGUAGGCAAAUGGAUGCCAAUCUACGAGGAUGAAUGGGAUGGUGAUACCUACCUCAAUCCAUCGGUCAACGAAAAAUCGGAUGCUGGAGAAGUCCUGUUCAAGGGUGAACGAUUACCUUGGUUACCUGGUAAUUACGAGAUAAGAUAUCAUCAUGAUGGGAAACAUAAUGUAAUGUCUAGAGUGGCUCCUAUUGAGAUAUAUGUCUCCAAACCUUCUAACCCAGAUUCCAUCCGAUCCAUCCGAUCGACUCUCCUGAACAUCGUCUCACUUUCAUUGGACAACAAUCCUAAACUUAUCCCCAGAUCAGCCAAAUCCAAGAUCAGAACACUCUCUUCAACCUCUACUUCUGGGUCCAGUUCUCUUUCUAGCUCGAUGGGUAAGAUGAAAGUGAAACAUCAACCUCAAUCUAUUGGUUCUGCUCUAUCGCAAUUAUCCGAAUCGGAGGCUACUCUACGACGAAAUGCAUCUUCCGAUUCUGAUUCUCCAAUUGGUCAAGAGGAAUCAAGCCCAGAUGAAGAAGCCAAAAAGGCUUACAUUGAAGAAGAACAAGAGGAAGAGGAAGAGGAUUCGUCUACACCUUCAGCUAAAUCAAUACCAAUCCUUCAACCUAAUUCACACAAUAGGAGACUAGAUGUGAAGGUGGGAACAGAUGGCGAGGAAGAUGUAUUUGGAAGUUCUCCAUCUUCGAUCGAUCUACACAAUCCUCCUCUUUCUUUCUUUGCUCCUAAUGGAGGAGAUGUAGGAGAAGACGAUAACCCACCUCUCAAGGGAGGAGGAGGAAUCGGAACGGACCAAGAUGAUUUCAUCAUCAUGACCCCCGUUCAAGCUCAACGGAUCUCUGAUCUAGCUCAAUUGGCUUUCGGAGUGGAAGUUUCAAAAGAUGUCGUAGUGGCUGAAGCGAAUGUGGGAGCGCUAGCAAGGAGAGUAGCGGGUGCGAGGGGUUUGACGGCUGGUUUGGGUCCAGCUCCAACAGGGAGUGAAAAGGAUGAAUGA